AUGGAUUAUUUUAAAACGGACGAUGAAUGGACGUGCGAGAAUGCUAUAAAAUAUUACCAAGAAAAUAAUCACCUGCUUAAUUUUAAGCAGACUCUUGAUAAGAUCAACAAAGACCUUAAAGAAAUUUCAAAAUUUGACCCUGUUGCGACGCGUAGAGAAAAAGCAAAACUUAUAAUUUGCAACUGGAAGAAGCUGAACAACUGCUUGUUGUUUGGUCAUGAACUGUUUGUUCCUGCAAAGCCGUACACUGCUAGUCGAUCGGAAUGGACCAAAAACGCAAAGGAGGAUAACAAAAUGCAAGAUCUGAUUGCUGAGCGUAAUGUUCUGAUGGCACAGCAACAGAAUGAAGUUAUAAAGACAUCGGUAGUUCGUGAUAAAAUGGUACGAACUGCACUUGCCAGACAACUGGAGAAUUUUGAAAGUGAGCGCACUCAAGCAUCGAAUGAUUUGGAAAGAUUCAAAGAUAAAAAUUAUGAAAAUUCCAAUGAAAAUGUUAUGUCAAAUUUAAAAGAGAAACCACAACAGUCUAUCACUUUUCUGCCAAAAAAACGUGCACACAACACACUACAAGAGUCUGAAAAAAAUAUUACAGAUGAAGAUUUAGUGAAUUCAGUGAAUGAUGCCUCAGACACUUUCGACCAAGUUGAAUUUCCGUCGUUUUAUAGUAAGCUUAAAACUACAUGGGGCAAUCAAGAUGUUACAAAUUAUCAUGUUAUCGAUUUAGGUGAUAAAGAUACAUUGUGCCAGGUUCAUGACCUUUUAGAUGAGGAUGAGUUGAAAUUGUUAUUUCGGAGGUUGGUGUUGGAUGACGAAGAUAUACAUAUAAAUGAAAAGACACAUAAAUACAUAGAGCUGUUUGAUCAAAUUAUAGAUGAAGAGAACAAGGAAAAUAUUCAUGAUGACACAGUUGUGGAUGAAGUAACUGAAAGUAAUCUUUUAGAUAAAAAUAAUGAAGAGACGAAAUAUACGGAAGGAGACAAUGAAAAUUUCGACAAAUCAAUUGCCAAAAUGAAAGAAAUAAUGCAUCAAUUAGAUGAUUUGUCCGAAAAAUACCAUUACCUAUCCAACACUUUUCCCAUAACAGCGCAAAAUUAUGAUCAAAUAAAAAUGCCUGAUAUGUUUAUUAUUAAGAGCAUCGCUAGUCACCUCGAUACUAUCAUAAAGAUGAAUGGUGCUAUGAAAAACGUCCCUGAACGCACAUGGACAGCUCACAGAAGUAUUUCGACAAAGAUAGACGUUCAAGAAAAUAACUUUAAAGCUGAUGGUGUAUUAGAGCUUUUCGAGCGACCUAUGCAAAUUCCAUUGUUUUUGCUCGAGGUGUCGGAAGGCCCCAAUAAUCCAGACCCAGAUAAAAUUAACGAAGAUAGAAGUAAGUUAAUGAAAGAAGGUGUUUUCGCUAUCAAUAAGUUUAUGAUAAGAACGAAACUGCCAACGUUAGAAGUUUGUAGUACACUGAAGGUUUUCUUGGCACAAGGAUUUGGCGACAAUAUUGAAAUUGGUCAAAUGAUCUUUGUUGGACCUGGGUUGUACCUGUACUCACCAUUUACAAUCCCGCCUCUCAUCAUCCCAACUUCUGCGGAUAACUUGGAGCAUAUACCACGACUUAUUCGAACGCUUCUAUGUUUACGGUACAAUGUUCUUAAGGAAAUUUUGAUCUUUGAGAAGUUCGCAAGGGAGGGACAGAAACUUAUAGUGAAACACAAAAAUAAAUAUCCAACUGGAGUCACUCCAGACCGACCAAGAGCU